AUGAACUCAGAAGACCUGCUAGAGAACCAAAGCCAGGAUGAAGAAGAAAAUAACUUGGAACCACAUCAGAAUAGCAGCAGGGGGAACUCUGAGCAGAACCAGUCUCAGAACAGCAGUAGAGGGGUCAAUAGGCAGAACCAGGCUCAAACUAAUGGGCCUCCAGCAAAAAAUAUUCAGCAGGAUAGCUGGGCCGACCACCUGAAUCAGUCAGAAGCCCAGGGAACAUCUGUAGCUCUGGAGCAAGCUGUGGGCCAACUGGAAAUUGAAAACCAGCAAAGAAUGACAGGGCCGGAAGGGACUCAGGAACCGCAGGGUAUCAGCAAUCAUUUGCAGAUUACAAAUACUGAGAUAAACUUCCUGAAUAACUUUAAUCAGACCAAUCAGACUCAUAUACCUGAUGAGAAUCAAAUCUUGGAAGCAAUGGUAGCUGAUAAUUUCCACCAGGAACCAUCAAUCCAGAUUGGGUUGACCUUAACCAGAGUGGAGGACAAUCAGAUGGCAUGGUCUCAGGCAACCAACGCAGAAGCAGUCAGGCUAAGCACUAAGUUCUUUUCCUCAGAUUACCUGGGGAAAGGACAUGAGGCAAGUCAGGAUUACGCAAAGGAAGCCCCCCCAAAGAAAAUAUACAACAAAAGGACUGCAGCAAUUGUGGAGACAGAGUUGUAUGACUACAAGAUGGUUGAGAACCGUUCUGUAGUGGAACAAGCUCAUGAGAUUCAGGCACUGGCUAAGGAACUUAAACUUUUCCCUUGUCCCCUGCCUGACAAGUUUGUGGCUGGCGGUAUUAUCGCUAAGUUACCACCUUCUUGGAAGGAAUUUGCUACUUCUCUCAAACACAAGAGGCAAGAUUUCAAUGUUGAUGAACUCAUUGGCACUCUUGAUGUUGAGGAAAGGGCGAGAGCAAAAGAUAAUGGGAAAGGUGUUGAGCCUUCUACUGCCAAUGUGGUGCAGAAGAAAUUCCACAAGUUUAACAAGAAGAAAAACCAGAAAAAGAAAGAGAACAACCAUAAGCCCAAUCAGUCCACUCAAUUCAAGAAAACUACCAACAAUAACAAGAAGAAGAGAGGCUGCUUUGUUUGUGGUAGUGAGGAACACUAG